AGACGGAUUUUUUUUUUUACUUUGUGCUAAAUUUGCCCAACUAAAUUAUAAACAGACAUUGUUAUUGACGUGUGAUAAAAAAGUAAAGAUAAAAUGAUCACUUGCAUAUUUUUUUUAAAUGUUGGAAUUAACCCGUUACGUCUUUUCUUCAUGAUUUACUUCGAAAUUAACUAAGAUAUUAUCUAUAUGAGGGAGUUUUACUUUAAUUGUGGGUGUCUAGUUUGAUGGAAUAUAAAAGUAAUUGUCGUUACGACAUUAUAAUCAGAGCGGUGCAGUUAUGACCCCUCGGUUGACUUAGCAACGGAUAUUCCAGGCGUGUGCGCGCGCAGGCUUGUGGGUAGUUUAAGGUGCAGGCAGCACAGCACGCCGAAGGAAGCUCGUUGGUGGCCUCCGUAGCAGCUUCCGUAGUUCCGUCAGCUGCCGACGUUAAUGGUUUCCGAGAGUACGUAGGUGGCUCUCUCUUCUUCCUUAAGAGCCAAAAAGAAAAUAGCGACCGCGCUGCUCGGACGGUGUUCUUCAACAUGAGCCUGAACGAGCAUUCACUACAAGCACUGUCUUGGAGGAAGCUGUAUCUGAGUCGAGCCAAACUGAAGGCGUCCAGUCGAACGUCAGCCCUGUUGUCUGGAUUUGCUAUGGUUGCUAUGGUUGAAGUGCAGCUGGACAACAGUUACCCCUACCCCCCUGCCCUUCUCAUCGCCUUCAGUGCCUGCACCACGGUGCUUGUGGCCGUUCACCUGUUUGCUCUGAUGGUCAGCACCUGCAUCCUGCCAAAUAUCGAGGCUGUCAGCAACGUGCACAAUCUCAACUCUGUGAAGGAGUCUCCGCAUGACCGGAUGCACCGGCACAUUGAACUGGCCUGGGCUUUUUCCACUGUCAUCGGUACCUUGCUCUUCCUGGCUGAGGUUGUUCUGCUCUGCUGGGUGAAAUUCCUACCUAUUAAACCCAACAAGUCCAGCAACAACACAAUGUCAUCUGGUGUUGCUGCCGCCAUCACUUCGACCUCCAUCAUGGUUCCCUUUGGUUUGAUCUUCAUAGUCUUUGCAGUGCAUUUCUAUCGCUCGCUGGUCAGCCACAAGACGGACAGACAGUUUCAGGAGCUUGAGGAGCUAUCCAACCUCACAAAGCUUCAAAACGAGCUUGACAACAGGGGGGAGGCUUCUAUCUUGCAGUCACCAAGCUCCCAUUUCCCAUAGAUUUGAAGGAAGUAUUCUGGUGGAACUUUUAAUUUUCUUGGGGAUUUCUUCACCACAACGUUGGCUUCAAACUUUCUACACAAAUGAAGGAUUUACGUCCUCGUGAAAUUUGCUAUUGUGAAGAGUUGUAUUUUUAGAGGACACGAAGGAUUAAAUGUGAGCUCAUAAGUUUGUUCUAAUGCAUGUCGUUCAAGCGUCCGGUCUUAAACUAAUGCGGGAUUUGAAUUUGAAUUCAUGGCAGACACUGGAUCGGUACACCUGUCUGUUGCCUGCGUUUAUUGUUUUUUCAGUAGGCACUGCAUAUUUUUGUGUAUAUUUACUAGUGUUUUGUGAGCCACUGCAAUAACUUUUUUCCCUUCACAUUAACAGGAUCUACUUCAGAAAAGUCCAGUGUUUUGCUUCCUGUCCUUUGAGCUGUCUCACUAAUUGUGCCAAAUUUGCAGUAUUAUUUGAGUCUGCUGAUAAGUUUUGGCAUUUUUUUUUUCAUUAAAAAGAACAGAUGAAAACCCUU